AACUCAGCAGUUGAAUGUUCAGGAAUGAAUUCCUGUCUGUCAGUGAUGGAUAGGUACAACUUCAGGGCAAACCUGAAAUUGUCCUCAACUCUAGGGAAAUCUUGCUGGUCCAAGGUGGUCAACCCAUGACCACUGUUCUGUGUCAGUCAAGACCCUGAAUGAUAUGAGGAGAUUUGAAGAAGGAAGGAGGGAAGAAGCAUGCCCUGAUACUAUGAUUGAGUGGCAUAGAAAACUUUGUGAAGUUGCAGACACAUAGUAUAUGGCAAUGAUCCCAUCUCUUAAUCUUUCCCUGUCUAGUUUUCCCAGACAUGUCACCUAAAGCCCUUCCUUGCUCUUAGUCUCUUCAUUUGUAAAACAGAGUUUAAAAUGCCUUUGCUAUCAAGUAUACAGGUUUACCACUAGCUUACUAUGUACCAUCCCCAUGUGAAGUAUCAUUAUCAGCUGAGCAUUUAGAAGGAAUCUAGAGGCUGUAUGCUUUCCACCCCUGCCCUGUCAGGAACAAAUGUCUGAAGUUCCUGAAGCUGCUUCAUAAGAGCAAGUGUCUAGGGCUAACUUGAAUGAUUUUCAUUUCUUUUAUUUCCCCUUUCAUUGUGAUGGGCCAGGAACUCUUGAUGCUGGGGCUGUAUUGAAUGCAACAGACAUGUUCCUUAACCUCAAGGAGCUCAUGGUUCAAGAUGUAUUAUGAAGUCAAGUCCAGAUACUUUUGGGAGAAUCCCAUUCUAGGGACAAAAGACCUGUUAGACUGUGUUAUUGAAUAACAGCCACAAAAUAACAUUAAUAGCCAAUGAGCAUAUAAGAGUAACAGCAUAUGACACAGAUUUAUGAUCUUCUGAUUUGGGAAUAACAUGAAAUGAACAGAAAACAGGGUAGGAUGUGUUAUGGAAGAAGUUCUAAAACACGGGAGAAUUCCAUGCUGUGGGAUUAAGUCCUGACCAAGCUUAGCCAGAUAGGAGUGUGAACAAGUGAUCAUGUUUUACUGAGCUCAUUGGCACCUUCUGAACUCUGGGGAGACUCCCAAAGCCAAAUGUACAAGUUUUAUUUUCCUGGUUUGGGAUGUAGCUGAAUCCUUCACCCUGACUCCUACUGCAUUAUGAUCUCCAGCAAAACAGAAACAGGUAAGUGGUAGUUGUGUUAUGACUUAAUGAUAUCUAUAUCAUUAGAGAAUAACAUUUAUAUAAUUUCACUAGAAUUGGAGUAGGAGUUGCCCUGCCCCAAUAAAGCAAGCAGAUUUUGAUAAUUUAAAUCAUUUUCAUCAAGAAAUUAAAGACCCCAUCAUUUAUCAAUCUUUCCAGGGAAGCCAAAUACCUUUGAAUUCAAUCCAGAGAAUCUGCUGAAAUAAACACUAUAUGGAAAUGCAAAAACAUAUUAACCAAUGACUGCCUCAGGGGAACCAGAGGACAAAAUACAUGGGUGCAGUUUUCACCAAAACAUCCAGGGGAAAAAAAAAAACCUUCACUGUAUCUUUUGUGGUUGCUAAUAAGCUUAAUUCAUAUACUUAACUGUCAUUUGUACAAUUCUUAGCACCACAAAGAGGAAAUGCUCUUUCUUCUUCCUUAAAAAAAGUUCCAGUCCAAACCAUCAGCCUCUGUAGGUUGUCUUAAUUGCUACUUUGCACUGCACUGGACUAUGACUCUGAUUUUUGGCACAUGCUAUCAUACACAACGUUCCUAAAAUAAAAUGCUCCAGGAUAUCCUAGGAACUCUUAGAAGGCUUUAAAAAGGGACUCACACACUGAAAGAAUAUCUUUGAUGAGGACAAUUCAGGCGAGCAGAAUGAUUAUUGCAGCAGAAUUACAUGAUUAACUGAGAUCUUGAAGUAGGUUCGGAGAGUCUUCGUCACCUAACUUAUCAUGGUUGGGGGGAGGUUGACAAGGAUCCAGUUUUGAUAAAGACAAUUGUUUUUUUUUCCUCCCCAAGUGACUAUACAUUUAAAUAGCUAAAACAUCUGUUCAGCAACAUAGUAAAACAUGUAUACUCAGAACGCCUGAGAGAAGAGCCUGCCAAACAACCGGUUGAGAGGGACUUUGCUGAGGGAGAGCACCAAGAUAAAGCAACCGCUGUUUGUUUUGUCUAGUCAGGGGGAAAGCCAAGGCAACCAAUAUUUUGAGUUUCUUUUAUUUCAUUUGUGAAGGAUUAUUUGAGAAAGGGUAGCGAGGGAAGGUUUCCUGAUGUGAAUUUUUUAAGCUGUCCAUUAGUAGAAAAGCAAGAGAGCCUUGGAUGUCAACGCUUAACAAACUCUUGAGACCAGCUACCAAACCACGGAAAGUGACUUUCUUCUUGAGUGUUCUCUACCGUCUUUCUGAUGGAAGCAGAAACGGGGAGCAGCAUAGAGGCUAGAAAAGGGGCCAACAGAGGCACUCAAGUCGCCCUGGCUGUGUUUAUCGUUGGCACUGUGGUGCUGGGCACGAUCCUCUUUCUAGUGAGUCAAGGUCUCUUAAAUUUCCAAGCUAAACAGGAGUACUGCCUGAAGCCAGAGUGCAUCGAAGCCGCCGCUGCCAUCUUGAGUAAAGUAAAUCUGUCUGUGGACCCUUGUGAUAAUUUCUUCCGGUUUGCUUGCGAUGGCUGGAUAAACAAUAAUCCAAUUCCUGAAGAUAUGCCAAGCUAUGGGGUUUAUCCUUGGCUGAGACAUAAUGUUGACCUCAAGUUGAAGGCACUGUUGGAGAAAUCAAUCAGUAGAAGGCGUGACUCUGAAGCCGUACAGAAAGCCAAAAUCCUUUAUUCAUCCUGCAUGAAUGAGAAAGCCAUCGAAAAAGCAGAUGCCAAGCCACUGCUCCACAUUCUGCGGCAUUCACCUUUCCGCUGGCCUGUACUUGAAGCUAAUAUCGGUCCUGAAGGAGUUUGGUCAGAGAGAAAAUUCAGUCUUCUGCAAACGCUUGCAACAUUUCGUGGUCAAUACAGCAAUUCUGUGUUCAUCCGUUUGUAUGUGUCCCCUGAUGACAAGGCAUCCAAUGAACACAUUUUGAAGCUGGACCAAGCAACACUCUCCCUAGCUGUGAGGGAAGACUACCUGGAUAACAGUACAGAAGCCAAAUCGUAUCGGGAUGCCCUUUAUAGGUUCAUGGUGGACACUGCUGUGCUUUUAGGAGCUAACAGCUCUCGAGCAGAGCAUGACAUGAAGUCAGUGCUUAGAUUAGAAAUUAAGAUAGCUGAGAUAAUGAUUCCACAUGAAAACCGAACCAGUGAGGCCAUGUACAACAAAAUGAAUAUUUCUGAACUGAGUGCCAUGAUUCCCCAGUUUGACUGGCUGGGCUACAUCAAGAAGGUCAUUGAUGUCAGGCUGUAUCCCCACCUGAAAGACAUCAGCCCCUCCGAGAACGUGGUGGUCCGUGUCCCACAGUACUUUAAAGAUUUGUUUAGGAUAUUAGGCUCUGAGAGGAAGAAGACCAUUGCCAACUAUUUGGUGUGGAGAAUGGUUUAUUCCAGAAUUCCAAACCUGAGCAGGCGCUUUCAAUAUAGAUGGCUGGAAUUCUCAAGGGUGAUCCAGGGGACCACAACUUUGCUGCCUCAAUGGGACAAAUGUGUAAACUUUAUUGAAAGUGCCCUCCCUUAUGUUGUUGGAAAAAUGUUUGUGGAUGUGCACUUCCAGGAAGAUAAGAAGGAGAUGAUGGAGGAAUUGAUUGAGGGUGUUCGCUGGGCCUUCAUUGAUAUGCUGGAGAAAGAAAAUGACUGGAUGGAUGCAGGGACGAAAAAGAAAGCCAAAGAAAAGGCAAGAGCUGUUUUGGCAAAAGUUGGCUACCCUGAGUUUAUAAUGAAUGAUACUCAUGUUAAUGAAGACCUCAAGGCAAUCAAAUUUUCAGAAUCGGACUACUUUGGCAAUGUUCUGCAAACCCGAAAGUAUUUAGCACAGUCUGAUUUCAUCUGGCUAAGAAAAGCUGUUCCAAAAACAGAGUGGUUUACAAAUCCAACAACUGUCAAUGCCUUCUACAGUGCAUCUACCAACCAGAUCCGAUUUCCAGCAGGAGAGCUGCAAAAGCCUUUCUUUUGGGGAACAGAAUAUCCUCGAUCUCUGAGUUAUGGUGCUAUAGGAGUAAUUGUUGGACAUGAAUUUACACAUGGAUUUGAUAAUAAUGGUAGAAAAUUUGAUAAAAAUGGAAACUUAGAUCCUUGGUGGUCUAUGGAUUCAGAAGAAAAGUUUAAAGAAAAAACAAAGUGCAUGAUUAACCAGUAUAGCAGCUAUUAUUGGAAGAAAGCUGGUUUAAAUGUGAAGGGGAAGAGGACCCUGGGAGAAAAUAUUGCCGAUAAUGGAGGUCUGCGGGAAGCUUUUAGGGCUUACAGGAAAUGGGUAAAUGAGAGAAGGCAAGGAGUUGAGGAGCCUCUCCUACCAGGCAUUACAUUCAACAACAACCAGCUCUUCUUCCUGAGUUAUGCCCAUGUGAGGUGCAAUUCUUAUAGACCAGAAGCUGCCCGAGAACAAAUUCAAAUUGGUGCUCACAGCCCCCCUCAAUUUAGGGUCAAUGGUGCCAUUAGCAACUUUGAAGAAUUCCAGAAAGCUUUUAAUUGCCCACAUAAUUCCUCGAUGAACAGAGGUGUGGAUUCCUGUCGACUCUGGUAGCUGGAGUGCUGUAUUCUGCCAUCCUGAGACAACUGCCCACUUAUUUAGGCCUAUAUUCCCCUGAGGACUUUUAUUUUUGAUGCGUUUUCAUUAUUUGGGUAGAUGACCUGCUUGGAUCUAAACAGUAUCUGUUGAGAGUCAUAGAUUUUAAAAAAGUAAAAGAAAUGGACCAUGAAUUUUUCUUUAGAAAAUCAAACUAACAAAAGUAAAUCCCUGGGCUAUGUGUCUUAAAGUGCUAUCUGCUGAAUUGUUGCUAUUUUCCAUUUUAGUUAGUCAUAGCUCGAUGGUACAUACCAUUUCAAUCUAUACCUUUUCAGGAGUCCUAAGUAGAAUGUGUCCAUCAAAAAGCUCAGUCAAGUAAACCUGUAACCCUCAGUGAUGAAGACAUGUGUAUGCAUAUAUAGAAGGCCUUGCUGGUCUUUGGACUGCAUUGCUAGACUUCAAGGACAGUCAUUACUAUAGCGUUUCUUAAUGCUAAGGUAGUUAAAUAAGAACUAUGUUGGAUCUCCAUUUUACAUUUUUCAAUGAAGUUCUUAUUUUCAACUUUGGAGUCUAUGUGAAUGAAAAUGUGCCUCAUAACUUGCAUCUGAUGCAGCUGAUUGCCUUAUUCAGGUCAGCAUGAACAAAGAUGACAAUAAGUCUACUAGGUAAAGGUUGAGUUUAUCAAAUAGGAUGAAAAGGCAAUAUUAAGUCCCAGAAGAAGUAAAAACUCCUAGUCAUGCAACAACAGGAAAACUAGGAGUUGAAAUCUCCAAAAUUUUAUCUAGUCUGCAUGAUCCUGGUUCUUCAAUGAGCAGGUAUUGAUUGGAGGAUUUUCCAAUUCCCCAUUAGAAACAAAUGGCUUUCAUUUCCCUUUAGUGCAAAGGGAUAAACACUACAUUAAGAGGGAGCAAAAUGCUCUUCCAUUUCAUCUCAGUUAAUGUUCCCUCUCUUUAAAAAGAAAACCUUUUAAAAAUUUUCUUGAUUGAAGCCAUUUUAGAAUAUACUGAUUCAAUUUAAAAUUCCUGAAUAGAACUAAGGAAUAUAAUUUUUACUUUUCAAGUCUUUGAAGAAAGAGCAGUACUGUUUUUGAUCCUUAGAGCAUUAUCCUUUUAAGUGAACCCCUCUAUCUUUUAGUUGUGUGUGUAUGUAGGAUAAAACUGAAAUAGCAUUAAAGUGGUUACCUGGCGUUUCCUGUUUCUUAACAUAGGCACCCCCCCACACCCCAUCACAUUAUUCAUUGUACAUGAGGUACUGGGUUAAGUGGGCCAAAGGGAAAAUCUCAAAAGCAAAAUGACAAAUUGAGACUAACCACAGGAGGUCAUUUUGCAUCUCCGUGACUUGUCAUCCUUUUAAAAGACAUGUAAGUGUGUGCCAUGUCCUUUUGUAACCAUGGGAACUUCUGAAGAGAGAAAAAUGGAGGGGAACCAUCAUAAGGAAAACAAUUACACUGCAUUAGUCAGAGGAGAGUGAUUUUCCCCUUGACUUCCUCCUCUCCGAAUGGAUAAACUUCUGAAGGGCAGCUACCUUUUCCUCCUCUUAACCACAGCUUAAUGUGACCUUAGUUUGUAUGUCUAAAAACAAGUAGUACUAGGUCAGGGGUGCUGGAAAUGUAUGUGCCUUUUCUCUAGAGUAAGCAAUUCAAUUUGAUUUAGACAUAUACAAUAUUUUUUGUUUUAUUCCUUACUUGAGUGCUUAAAAUUAGCUAAGGUUUGUCAUGCUUAUAUGAAUAGUAUUUUCCUUCUAGAUUUCUUUUUAAAAUUCUGAAUAAACAUAUUCCUGCAGGUCAGAGAAAGUGUUUGAUAAAAGCAUAGAAUUAUGACUUUGGAAGUGGAAAUGAAGUCACUUGUUAGUUCAGGAAAACUGGUUGAUGAUCAGUUGGGGCUCUCACAGCUUCUUGAUGACAGAGUUAACUUUUACUGAUUAACUUUUCUUGAUCUAACUCAAUUCUACUGAAAAUUGUGUAUAGUAUGGCCAUUAUUAAAACAAACCAAAGUAGCAAUAUAAAAUCAUCAUUAUUAACUAAGACAAUUUUGUAGGAUCAGAUUUCUAAAUGCUUGUGUUUAACUCUUCAAAUUAUAGUCUUCUUGUCCUUCUCUUUGAUAUAGGCUGCUAAAAGAAACAGUCAUUGAUCAAGUUUAGAGGGAAGAAGAUAAGAUACAACUAGAAAGGAAAAGGAAAAAGUAGACAGAAACUGGCCUAAGAAUGUGGCUCUGAAGAGAAGACAGGAUUUUGGCGAUCCUUGUUGAGCAUAUCUAUUGGAGGAGAGCCAUAAAGUUUUACAAAAAUCAUUAUGGUAAAUUAAAAGUAAAUUACAUAUUGGAUCCCAGAUUGGCUUUGCUGAGCUUUUCACCAAGUGCUCAGCAUUGGCGUCCUAUUUCCAUAUUUUUUUCCUUUUACCACAUGAACUGGGAUAUGACUAAUGCAAAUUCAGGAUUAAUAAAUUAUCCUCAAGUUUAUUUAGUGCCUUGCCUCAAUGGAGCUUAAAGCACAGCACAUAAAUUUUAUCACUAAGAAGCAACUAGGAACUAUGGCUUGCCAGACAGGUUAUGCUCAUGCCAGAGAAAUUGACAGGCUUGAAAUUACUUGUCAGGUAUCUCAGAGUAAGAAAAGACAGAGUCUUUAGGCUUUGGAUUACUGUCCUAUGGAUUAAUCAUCAUCCCUUAGUACUCCUAUUUCCAAAUAUAUUUAUUCAAUCAACAUUUCUAUAAUCAAAGCACUUGAUAGGCUUCUUCCUCAAUAUUUUUUAACAAUGCUUCUGUUGCAUCUUAAAUCAUGGAAGAAUAUCCGAUUAUUUCAUACAAUAUUCUCAUCACCAGUGGAAGUGUCCCACUGGUUCAAAGUAAGAUGUUAUUGGAUUAUGCAUUUUUUAUCUAAAUAGUCUUUGUGAAAUGAGUUUGAUUGUGUUUUAUUCCCCUACUUUUGAAACAAUAAAAACAGUCUUUUUAAGGACAA